AUGUUUUACUUUCACUGUCCUCCACAACUAGACGGAGAGUGUUGUCGGACAAACACAUUGAAUACAAAUGGCUUUGGGAACCACGCCUCUGGAGACUUUGAUGACGGUUUUCUGAGGAGAAAACAACGCAGAAACCGAACAACGUUUACUUUACAACAGCUGGAAGCUUUGGAGGCAGUUUUCGCACAGACCCAUUAUCCAGAUGUGUUUACAAGGGAGGAACUCGCAAUGAAAAUCAACCUAACCGAAGCCCGUGUCCAGGUCUGGUUUCAGAACCGAAGGGCGAAGUGGAGGAAGACGGAGAGGGGAAGCUCGGACCAAGAGGGUGGAAAGGACCAGAUUAACGAAGGUGCUCCUCCUGCCAGAGCCCUGAAUCAGUCUCCAGUCGAUCAGGGCCAAAACAAAAAGGAGCCCUUGGAAAUGCAGCAAAAUAUGAACAGAGCCGUCGGGCCGGGUGGGCCGUUCUUCCCUUCCUGUUUACCUGGGACUCUACUCAACACUGCCACAUAUGCCCAGGCCUUAUCACAAGUGGCGUCUUUAAAAGGAAGCCCUCUCUGUUCCUGCUGCGUGCCUGACCCAAUGGGGCUCUCCUUCCUACCCCCCUAUGGGUGCCAGAGCAACCGAACAGCCAGCGUGGCAGCGCUCCGAAUGAAGGCCAGGGAACAUUCAGAGGCUGUGCUGCAGUCAGCCAACCUCCUCGGAGCUGGAGCAGGAGCUGGAGCUGGAACAGGAGCCGGAGCAGGAACAGGAGCAGGAACAGGAGCAGGAGCAGGGAUAGGAGUUGGGAUGGGCCAGGGAAACAGCGCUGUCGGACGAGGAGACAGCAGCCCGGGCUCUGGUGCCACUAAAGUGCCAAGUCAGGGGGCCACCUCCGACAAGCAGCUGCACUGCCCAAAGGAGGGUCCUGACAAGAAGUGA